UGUUGUGAUGCGUUAGCUGCAGCUGCAGCUGCAGACUGCAGCGACUUUCUGCUUGUUGCUUUGUUGCUCUCGCGUUGGCUUUCGCGUUUUCAGAUUGCGUUGUUCAAGAAUGUUUUACUCUGCCAGGUAGCUGCUCAAAGAACUUCUAAGUUUGGAUGAGAAGUAAAUGUCAAAGUAUGGCUAACUUUUGCACUUGGUGUUCCAAUCAUGGAUUCUCAAUAAUAUACAACUAUAAGCACAAACUGAUCUGCAAAUAUUUUAGAUGCACUUGUUCUAAGUGUGAAGGUACCAUUACAUAUCUAAGAAAUGUCGCAAUCCAAAGAGUAUCUCAACAAAAGCAAGCUGCAGAAAGAGAAAAAUUUGCUAAACGGCAAAGAGAAAUUGAACGACAGAAAACUGCAAAAAGGAAAAAGGAUGCUAAACAACAGAACUUUCCUGCAAAUCAAAAUGCCGUGGAGAAGAAACGAAUUUCUCGAAAUGAAAAAAGCAGCUGGCAAAAUAGUUCUGUCCGAACACAGUCAAUCCCAUCAACUUCCAGAGACCAAUCUUCCCCACCUUACUGCAAGUUUUGCAGGAAUCACGGCCUAUCAUAUUACUUCAUUGGGCAGCAUUACAAAUGCUGUAAAUAUUGGACCUGUUCCUGUCGCAAAUGUCAAGAUAUCCGAGGCCCAGCAAAGUCUCGUGCAACCAAGGCUGCAGAGGGUUCUAAAAAGCGCAGUCGUAAAGAACGUAGUGAAAGUCCUGAAGGUUCUUCAAAACGCCUUUGUGUUGAAAAUGUAGAUCAGCCUUUACCCAACUGUCCAUUGUGUCUUAACCAUGGCUUUAGUUUCCCUUUGAAGGCACAUCAUAUCAGCGUCUGCUUGCAUAAAAACUGUUCAUGUGAUCCAUGCCGUGAUGAGCGGAAAAGCAUGAAAGAGAAAGUUACACAAGUAGAAGAGAAAGAGGAUAACAAAUCAGAAGAAAGAGAAAAUAAUAAAUCUGAAGGGAAAGAGAAUAUUAAAUCUGAAGAUAAGGAGAGUAAUAAAUUUAAAGAUAAAGAAAAUAUUAAAUCUCUAGAAGAAAAAAAUCAUAAAUCUGAUGAUAAAGAAAAUAUCAAAUCUACUGAACAAAAAAAUUGUAAAUCUGAAGAUCAAGAAAACAUCAAAUCCACAGAAGAAAAGAAUAAUAAAUCUGAUGAUAGGGAAAAUAUCAAAUCUACUGAACAAAAAACUAAUAAAUCUGAAGAUCAAGAAAAUAUCAAAUCUACUGAAGAACAAAAUAUUAAAUCUGAAGAUAAAGAGAAGAAUAGUAUUGCAGUCAAUUCUGUACACUCUGUGACUGCUCCAACUGCACCAACUGACAUGAGGAAACCGUGUGCUGUGGUAGCACCAAAACCUAGGCUGUGUACUGCAUCUUUUAGUUCCUCAUCUUCAUCUAAAGCUUAUAACUACCAAGAAAAUAAAGAUGAAAAUUUACCAAAGAAGAAUGUAGACGUGCAAACUCUUAGUACCGCCGACUCCACAGCACCAGAAGGAAACUUAGGAGCUGAAAAAACUGCAAGCCCAGAAGAAGGGACUGCAGAGAAGAAUAAAUCAGAAAACAUAGCUGAUGCACGCAGUAAGAGUCCAGAAGUAAAUGAGGAUCAAAGAAUCAAUAACUCUCCUCUGCAUGAAGAAGAGACAACUUCAGAAGGGGGUGCACCAGAGCUCAUACCUGAUGUCGAAAGUGAGCUUGCAGAAGUAAGUGAGAUCCGAUUAAGUCAAGGAACUAGCAACUCAUCUGUGUAUUCUGAGACUGUUGGGAUGCCAGAGAUUUUGGAUGAAGAAUACCACACGGUAUCUGAAAUCUCUGAGUCAUCUAACGAUGAGGGAAGCAACUUGAGUGCAGAUGGUGAGGAAACAAGUACCAAAGUUACUGAGGCAAUGGGAAUGAUGAGUAAUGAGGGCGGUGAUAUGGUCAUAGAGCCCAACAUUGUUUCCCAGGCCAGUAAUACUCUAUCCGUUAAAAAUAGUGCCCAAGACUCCUCAUGUCCUGACAAAUGCAAAGACCAUGUGGAAGACCAAGUGGUUGAAGAAGAACCGAGCAAAAGUGAUUCAAUUGUAAGCAAUAUUGGAAAGGUUGGUGAAGGCUCUGAAGAGGAAUCUAACGGCAGUCAAGCUAUUAUUUCUAAAUCAACGGAGGACCUUUCAAACAACAGCCUUGAGUCUGAAGCAACACCAAUACCAUUCGCUGAAACAGGCCUUUCUGAUCCAAGGCCAGAAAUGGCUAUUGAAGGAGAUUCGACAUCCAUGGAAGCAAGGAAAGGCUAUGACAGGGAUAGCUGCAAUGAAGGAACCAAUGCCAUCGAAACUACUCCAUGUGUACCAAUGAGUCCAACUCACAGUGCACCUCGACAUAUUUCCAACGAAGAUAAUAUGUCGAGUAAGCUUUUCUCUGAAGUGUCUGAAAUAAAUGGCAGUUCUAAUGUGGCUAGGGAUACCAAUUCACUGAGCUUUAACAGUUUAGAAAAUAAAGACUGCGAGGAAAAAGCAGGUUACCAGGAAUCCUGUUCACAUCAAGAAACCACUAUGGAUGCAUCAAAAAAUUCGACUUUGACAUCGUGUCCUGAGAAGAAAGCUCCUGAUGACAUGGCCGAUUUGAUGGCAAAACUGGCUACUUUGGGAAAAAACUUGCAGAGUGCUUUGCCUCUUUCCCGAUCUCUCAGCGUUCCCGCAAGUUUAGAGAGAUCCCUGUUUGAUGAAAGUCAGCCCUUUGAUUUAUCCUCUCAUCUCCAGAAGAGCUUGUCCAAUUCCCGUCAUCAAGGAACACCUUCAAACACAAUUCAGCCCGGAAGUGAAUUGGUUCAAGAAAAUGGCUCAGAGGGAAUACCUAUUGUAUCCACGCCUGCAUGUGCCGAAAUGCGCCCGGAAAAGCCAAAAGAAACACCCCAAGAAGGUGCUGAGUCUCUCGAAAAUCUUACUGAAAACGUUCAAGAAAAUCCAGAGUUUUAUCAGAAGCCGAGAGAAAACUCCCAAGAAGAUCCAGAUUUGUGCAGUAAGGAAACCGACAGCUCUGUUACUCCACCAGCACUUCAUCUUGUGGAGGACGCAACUCUCCCUCAAGAAAGUACCAAUGCUGAAGAGGUAACUAUUUCUCCAGCAGAAUUGCCCUCUGGAAAUGUAGAGGUAAAUUUACAGAAAGAAUGUGAUGGGUGUCACAAGGUCUUCUCUGCGUCAACUAAUUUUAGAAUUCAUCAGUACCUUAAGCAUGAUGUGGACUGUGAGUCUAACCCUGGCACAAUGUACCAGUGUAGAGAGUGUCCUUAUGAAAAUGAGAAAGAAAUAGCUACUCUCGAUCAUGAGAGUAGUCACAUGUCCCUUGUACCUUUGGACAGAAUGCUAAAGUUAUUUUGUGUCAUUAGCAAUGAGUAUAAAAGAACUUAAACAAGCUAAGACUUUUAGUUCAAUAUGAAAUUGAACCAUUGUAAAUCAAAGCAAAGACUUGCGUCUUAUUUCAGUACAAUAAACUGUGAUUGAUAGUUUAUCAAAAAAGAACUGUUUUUCUAGAUUAUUACGUAAUGUUUUGUCAUUCUUUUAUUAAUGUUUUAUAUUAUGCGACUAUGCAAUGGAAUUAUAAAUAUGUUAAUUCAAAUAAGUUUCUCAAACAUGUGCCUUAAUAAAUAAGCCGUGUAUUCUGUUUGAUUAUAAGGACUGAUUACCAUUUAAUUAUUUUUCAAUUUGUUUGUAACAGUAUGAAAAUAUAAUUUUUGUACAAACAA